UUUACUCCUUCCUUUUGCGCUCCUGCCGCCUCCUCCUGGGGAGAAGCCGAGGCACCCGCAGCCCAGGGCCGCCGCAGGCCGGGCCGGGGAGGUCGCGAGAAAACUUGCUUUCAGGGAGUGCGGCCCUGGGGCCCGGUUGGUGGACGGCUCGGAGCAAUGGAGCCAGCCUUCGGGGAGGUGAACCAGCUGGGAGGAGUGUUCGUGAACGGAAGGCCGCUGCCCAACGCCAUCCGGCUUCGCAUCGUGGAGCUAGCCCAGCUGGGCAUCCGACCGUGUGACAUCAGCCGCCAGCUCCGGGUCUCGCACGGCUGCGUCAGCAAGAUCCUGGCGCGCUACAACGAGACGGGCUCGAUCUUGCCGGGAGCCAUCGGAGGCAGUAAACCCCGGGUCACCACCCCCACCGUGGUCAAACACAUCCGGACCUACAAGCAGAGGGACCCCGGCAUCUUCGCCUGGGAGAUCCGGGACCGCCUGCUGGCGGACGGCGUGUGCGACAAGUACAACGUGCCCUCGGUGAGCUCCAUCAGCCGCAUCCUGCGCAACAAGAUCGGCAACUUGGCCCAGCAGAGCCAUUACGACUCCUACAAGCAGCACCAGCCGGCGCCGCAGCCCGCGCUGCCCUACAACCACAUCUACUCGUACCCCAGUCCCAUCACGGCGGCGGCCGCCAAGGUGCCCACGCCGCCGGGGGUGCCCGCCAUCCCGGGCUCGGUGGCCAUGCCGCGCACCUGGCCCUCCUCGCACUCGGUCACCGACAUCCUGGGCAUCCGCUCCAUCACCGACCAAGGCGUGAGCGACAGCUCCCCCUACCACAGCCCCAAGGUGGAGGAGUGGAGCAGCCUGGGCCGCAGCAACUUCCCCGCCGGCGCCGCGCACGCAGUGAACGGGCUGGAGAAGGGAGCCUUGGAGCAGGAAGCCAAGUACGGCCAGGCACCAAAUGGUCUACCAGCUGUGAGCAGUUUUGUGUCCGCCUCCAGCAUGGCUCCUUACCCCACCCCAGCCCAAGUGUCACCUUACAUGACCUACAGCGCUGCUCCUUCUGGUUAUGUUGCUGGACAUGGGUGGCAACAUGCCAGCGGUACCCCUCUGUCCCCGCACAACUGUGACAUUCCCGCAUCGCUGGCUUUCAAGGGGAUGCAGGCCGCCAGAGAAGGUAGUCACUCGGUCACUGCUUCUGCACUCUGACGGGAACUCCGGCCUCCAGCAGCUGCACGCGGGCCUCCCCUGCCAGCCCAUUCGCCCCCCUUCCACCCCUUCCACCCUCCCCCCCACCCGCCUGGAGAGCUGGCUUUAUGGACUCGCAUCCUCUGUGCUGAUGACACUUCAAUACUUGUUGCCGUAACUUCUUCCGUGUAGGAAACCCGGCAGAACUUUAGGGUUUAAGAGCAAAUGCAACAUGCAGGGUGGAAUGAGACAUUCUGUUGCCCACACACUGUUUUAAGGUAGUGAAGAAACCUUUACCCCUCAAAGGGCUUACAGAACUUAAAAAAAAAUAGUCUUUGGUAAAACCACACACGAUAUUUAUUCUAAAUCACCCUGAACUUUUGAAAUGUGCAAUUGUUGAGAUUUUGCAAAAUCAAUAAAGAAAAACACGUGUAGAAAAAAAAAAUCUUAUGCUAUUAUACCCUCUAAUCAAAUAAGGUAAGCAAGUAAGCCUUAAUUCAUCAUUAGGAAAACCAAUCAAUAACUCACUUAUUUGAGUGAUCUUU